AUGCCCCUAAACGCUCCCCAAGGCUUCAGCGGCCUUCUGAACGCCUCCCAAGGCCCCCGCAGCACAGCGAAGCGCCCCAGGACGCCCCAGUGCGCCCCUAGAAUCCUAAAGACCCCCCCCAGCGCGCCCCAAGGCCCCCAAACGACCUGCCAGAGCGCCCCAGAGCCCUCAAGAGGCCCCUCAGAGCACCCCGCAGCCUCAUCUAAGCCCCAAAACCCCAAGAAAAGAGGAGUGGAGGACCUUCAGAACCCCAAGCCCCCCUGUAAGACCCCUGAUCAACCCCCCAGGACCCAAAGGAGGAUACCCAGGCCCUCGGAACCAUCAGAACCCCAGAACCCCCAGUAA